AUGCCAAACCUGCUUGCGCGGAUUAACCGCUCGUUUGGUGAAAAGCACCGCCACGCUGUGUCAGCGUCGGGUGAGUCGCCGUUGCCAUCGCCGUCGCCUUCAUCGCCUGCGCCGCUACCAGAAACUUCGGAGGAUGCACUAGCAGAAGGUUUGGGAAUGACGCGGUCAUCGAGCAUCACCUCUACGCCGUCGAUAUCGUCGACGAACCGCAACACAUUGAAAAGUCUUAAUGCCAAGCUGCGCUCGAUACGACUCGGCCCAGGCUCCAAAGAUCAUGCAACUGUUGGCACUGCACCAAAGGGAGACGAGUCGUCGCCGAAUCACUUGGGUGCAGCGGACGGCCAGGAGUCGGCUGCACCGUCGCGACAGUCCUUCGCAGGGAUCCGCCUAUCGCUGGAUCGAGGCAGUCGAAAGUCUUCCAUAUCAACAAUCCCUGUCGAUAUCGCCGAUAUGAGCAGCGCUGCUCUCACGGACAAAACGUCUGCGACGCGCGACAAGUCUAUGGGAUCUUCGGAUUUGCCCCGCGACAGUGUCGCACAUACACCUGUGUCUCGAGAUAAACCAUUCCCAUUGGUUCCAUCUGGCUCUCAGAGCAGCAGCCCAGCGAAACCCCCAGCCGGUUCGGCUCCGACUACGCAAAGCCAAGAAACUCGUCCUCCUGCACGUGCACCACCAACGCCACCUAAACCCACUGCCCACUCGAAUGACAUGUACAGCCAACACGAUGGUGUGCCGAUUGUACCACCGCCCGCAGAUGAUGAGCGCAAGACCCCUAUGCAUUUUGCUUCACCUGUCACUGCGCCUGCUUCUUCGCCCGUGCCUGUGCCUGUGCCUUUAGUGCGGUGCGCUCAUGCCUCAUCAUCGUCGUUGCAAGCGCCUCACUCAUCGUCCCCCUCGUCCUCAAUGGGGCCAGGGUCGUUCGAGUCACAAUCCACACAGCAAGGCGCGCGCCAACCUCGACAGGAUGUUUUCCAUUCGAUUUCGUCUGAUGACGAGUCACAACAGCCAUGGGCCACGACCAACACCAUGAAUUUAGUUCCUCCGUCCGCCGAGUCUGCGUACCCUAUGAACUCGAGCGCGAGUGAAAUGCCUACAGAGCGGAAUCGGGAAGCAUGUGGAAUACCGACAUCGACAUCUGCCAUCGAAUACGACACGCGCAGCUCACAGGGCGUCUUUGGCACAUUUAGCAAACGUGGCUUGGAUGUCAUGGGCCGUCUGCGGGCAUCGCAAAACUUGCAUCGCCGUCCAUCACCACGACAUGAUCCGAGUAAGAGUGAAGCACGCCGGAGAUCGCUCUUCGUGCCGAUUCUGAGCCGGAGCACGGAUUCUCACAAGACAGCGACGGUGCAGUCUCCCACGCGUGCAUGGCUCGACUGGCUCGAGUCACCGGGGCUUGUUCCCCCACGGUCCACCAAACUGCGCGGAUUCCGCUCGUCUUCGAUGCUUUCCAGCUCCUCCAGCACGCAAUCGUUGCGGACCAGUCCCACAGCUAUUUCGCCCACGGAAGAAACACCUCACGCCCUUUUUGGCACCCCGCUUCGCGAUGUUGUGUCUUCGCCUCCACACUCGUAUGCCUCGAGCACGACGCCCGUAUCCCCAGACUUGACGCUAGAUGACCGCCCGCCCUUGCUGAGCCGAGCGGAGGCGCAGCAACUGGUCAUUCCUCGCCUUGUGACACGCUGUGUAGAGAGCUUGGAGAAAUGGGGGGUUCAUGAAGAAGGCUUGUACCGCGUUCCUGGGCGUUCGUCCCAUGCAUCCAAACUACGUGCCCUGUGGAAUCUGCCAGGUACAGACCUCAACAUGGCCGAGAUUGGGCCAGCAGACCUUGAUGUUCAUGCUGUAUGCAGUGUGUUGAAGAUGUACUUGCGUGAGCUGCCGACUUCAUUCAUUCCACACGACACAGCCACAGCCAUGGACCGCAUUUGCACGGACAUGGUCAGCGCCCCGGGGAGCAAUGAGACGGCGCUAGGCCCCUUGCAAAUGAAAGACCAGACGGCUUUGAUCACACAGCUCGAGCCCCACAUUCAAUGCAUACCCUACUUUGAAUGGUAUCUCUUGCGAGAAAUGGCCGAGCACCUGGGCGUGCUGACACAGCCAGAGAAUGUCGCGAGGACAAAAAUGACGCUCUCGAACCUGGCGCUGGUCCUAGCCCCGUCGCUUCAAAUAUCGGCGCUUCUCAUGAUGACGCUUGUUCAGAUGAGAGGCGCGCUGUUCACUUACGAGACUCGGCCCAUGUCCAGCCCGCCACCUUAUCCCGCCAGUUGUGGAUCUCCAACCCCGCCUUCUUCUCAAGUCACGCCUGAGAAACCACGCCCUAGCACUUUGUCUGCAGAAAGCGCAAUGGCCUCCCAAGCAUCCUUGUCUUCGUCACCACCACCUGCAUCCUCAGCAACCUCAGCAACAAACUCUCCACGGCCUUUAAAGACAAAACCAAUACCGACUCGGCCUCUUCCUCCUGUGAAGAACGCAAGCAUCGCGAGCCACGCUACAGGUGCCAAUGUGGGGAGCCAAAGUAACCAACAUCCCCCACACUAUUCCAACGCGCAGUUCGCGGACGCUAGUACUGAACCCGCAGCUGCUGUGGACGUAGACGCAGAAGAUGUGCCUACGUUACGGCCACUGCAGCCACCACAGCCACCACCUCUCAGCACCGAAGUGGACACUGAGUGGGGUGAAGUGAUGAAUGAGGUUCAUCCAGCCGAACUUCAUGACGAUGCACCGCAGCCAAAUCCGGCUUCGCGCAUUUCUGCGGAUCAAGCGUACAAUCCUGAGGAUACAGAAUCGAUUGAUGCACCACCCUCAUCCCCUACGGCUUCCACCCAACUACCUAUUGCACAGCGGUUCUCGCAGCCUCGAAGCUCCAUUCUCUUUGAUACGCGUUCACCUUAA